GAUAGAGAGCAAAUUGAUGAUAAAAAAUAUACACUUAUAGUUGAAGAAAGGCCUCGAUCGAAUGAGACGGAUGUGGAAGGUAUAACUGUGGCACUAGAAGCUUUAACAAUCAACUGUGUAAAGCAGGAAACAAAUGAAAUUAGUAGAAUAGAUAAACUUGAGAACAGUAUGAAGAAAAUGGUAAAAAUGUUUAAACAAUUCAUAAAAAAACAGGAGACAUCUGAACGUUCCAAUUUCAGGAACCAAGAUACAACAAAAUCCCGGAAACAGAACUCUAAUAACCGUCAAUACUUUACUUGCCAGCAAGAGGGUCAUGUUGCAUGCAAUUGUCUAAAUAGAGUAAUUCAAGAACAAUCAGAACAAAAAAGUGAGCGAGAAGAGAAUGAUGGUGAAAGUAUAAAUAAUAGAGAUGCAAACAUUUGUUAUUUUGAAGUAAUAGAUACCUUGUCGAAUGUUAGAAUAGAAUGUCUUAAGCAACAACAAAGAAACUCCGGAAACAUUGGAUGCUGA